UUGACGUUUGUAAGAUGGUGUUUUGUAGGUUAUGUCACGUUAGUUUCUGUGCUGCUAAUAAAUAUUUUAUUUUAAUUAAAUAAAACGUUCAUAUUGCGUCUAUCUAAGCAAUGGAGGACAUCGAAGAUGUUGAUUACGUUGCUUCAGAACACGAUCGCUUAGUGAGUGCUAUAUCGAAGUUGGAUAAAACGCAACACAUUACAGAGCCCACAAGAAAUGAACCAACCAACCAAAGCUCAGAAUUCAACCUUAUAAAGAGGACGAACAAGUUAAACCUUAAUAAUGUAGCAAAGAUAUUAGAAGACACCGCGCACCAUGUACAGAUAAGUAAGAAACUUAAGAAAACUCAAAGCGAAUCAAAGGUUUUGAGUAAACCAUUAGAAAAGCCGCAGGCUGAGCGGAUUAAGAGAGCAACAGGUUACGAAGAAACUAAAAAGAAGGUUGGAAGAUGGGAUCCAGUAGUCGCACGGAGUAGGACUGUUGAUUUUGUGACUUUUCCUAUUAAACAUGUAACUACUAAGCUUGAACCUACUGGAGAUUUCUUGACGAAGUUUAAGUUGAAGUCUGAUUUAGAGAAAGAGUUAGAAGAAGUAGACCCUACACCAAUGGUUGAAGAGGAAGAGGAAGAAGAACCAGUUUUCCCAAUGAGUUAUGAAGAAAUGGUUGAACACAGACAACACUUAGCAAAAAUGAGGGCACAACAGUCCUAUAAAGCUGCAAAAGCUAAAAGACAAAGCAAGAUUAAGAGUAAGAAGUAUCAUCGGGUCCUCAAGAAAGAAAAAUUGAAGCAAGAGCUAAAAGAAUUUGAAGAAUUACAAAAGAAAGACCCAGAGGAAGCUCUCAAGAAGCUAGAAGCUAUAGAAAAGGCUAGAGCUUUGGAGAGACAUACAUUAAGGCAUAAGAGCACUGGUAAAUGGGCCAAGAACAAAUUAAUUAGAGCCAAGUAUGAUAAAGAGGUAAGACAACAAUUGGCUGACCAACUGGCCAUUGGCAGAGGAAUCACCAAGAAAGUUCAAGACAUUCAGAGCACAGAUGAUGAGGCUGAUGAUGAAGCAACACCCAACAUCUCUCUAGCACAAGAUCCUAUGAACCCUUGGAUGAUGCAGAGAUCUGACAAAUCUAAUGUUAAUGCAGAAUUUGACUUUGGCUACAAGAAAUUUGUACAAAAUAAAAUGAAUAAACAAAAAGAUGAUAGUGAUUCUGAUUCUAAUGACGAUAAUAUGGAUUAUAAUGAUAGUAGUAAUGAACUUAGUUUAUUAAAAGCAAGAAUCAGUAACUUAUCGCAAGGAAAUCAAGAUGAAGAAAGUAGUGAUGAUGCUGAAGAAGUCCAAACAGCAGUACAACCUGAGGUGGUAAGUGCAGUAAACAAAACAAAGAUAAAGGCAGAACCAAAACAAACAAGCAAGGAAAUAAACUCAAACACAGGUAAAACAUUACCUAAAAAGCAAAAAAGAGCACAACCCAAAUCAAAAUCUACUAAACCAGUUGCAACUUCUAAUUGGGAAGUAGAAACUGUUCAAGAAACUGAAAGUCAACCUUCAGAAGAUAUAUUAUCAGCUUUUGACAAUCAUGAAACCAGUGUAGCACAGAAAGUAGAAAAGAAAUUGAAAGAAAUGAGAAGUAAAAUUGAAAGAUUGGAAAAUGCUUCAAGAGUUAGUAAGAAAGGGAGUAAACAACGUUCAGAUGAAAAUGAGACAGAUAAUUUAGAAUACCUUAAGCUCAAAAGCAAGAAAGUCAAAGCUGUGAUUGAUGAGGAGUUGAUAGAAACUUCUUCAAAAACAGCUGAAGGACAGACUAACGAUGAAGAGCAACCUAUAUCUAAAAUACUUAAUGGUGCCCAAGCACCUGUAAAAGAAUCAGCAGACUCUAAUAUUGAUCCAAACAGAUUUAUUGAAGUGAAGCCAAAAUAUUUAAAUAGUGCCAUUUCACAAGGUGAAAAUGAGUAUGACCAAUUGGAUGAUGAUCAGGUGGUACCAAGAGUAAACAUAGAAGAAGUUUUUGAAGAAGAUGAUGUGGUUGCAAGUUUCAGGCAAGAGAAAGAAGAUGAGAUCAAUAAAGACAAACCUGAGGACAUUAAUUUAACUUUACCAGGAUGGGGUGCAUGGGGUGGCAAGGGUGUGAAGCCUCAAAAACGUAAAAGAAACAGGUUUAUCCUAAAAGCCCCGCCCAAAAUGCCGCGUCGUGAUGAAAAUAAGGGUGAUAUAAUAAUAAAAGAAUAUAAGGAUCCAAAACUGGCAGUACACAAAGUUAAAGAUGUGCCAUUCCCAUUUGAGAGUGUAAAAGAUUAUGAAGCAUCUAUUAGAGCACCUCUUGGUAAUACUUUUAUUCCUGAGAAGGCUCACAAGAAGUUGAUUCGUCCAAGUGUAAUUACAAAGGCUGGCAAGAUCAUUGAACCUAUGGAUGAGGAGGAAUUAUUGGUUCCUAAGAAUAAGUCUUUCAAGAACGAAGCUGUAAUUAGACUUUUAGGAAAGAAAUAAAUUGAUGUAUGUAAA